UGCUUCGCAGCAGUACAACAGGCAAAGCAGGGACUGCGGUGGUAAACAAACAGGUAGAGCAGCCGAGCCUCGUCCCGCGGAGCUGCGCUGUCGGCACCGGUUGACUUUCAGAAAACUUGACCUUCUUCCCGGACCGCUUCUGGGCUCGAACUGUCUCUGAAAACCCCGGACUUCGGCUGUUAAGAGUCCAAGGCUCGUCCCCGGUCCUCUCCCGCCCUCGGACUCGGCUUAUGUGACACAUUAACGUCCCGGGGGCGAGACGAGCGAAACAUGACGGAGCUGAGGAAGCGAGGCGCCGGCGGAGGAGAGCCCGACACCGCCGACAACAUCAGCGACAAGGAAGCCGAUGGCGACGACAGGCUGGGCCUGUCAGCCGACACUGAGGGAGACUGUGACGUCGACUCCAAAACAGACACUCCGGACGUUCCCGCCUCCACAGCGGACACGGACAACACUCCAGAAUGCCUGAACAAAGCUCUGGAGGGGCUUCAACCCAAAUGGAGGAACUACUGGAUACGAGGACUUCUGUCCAUUUGCAUGAUUUCGAGCUUUUUCCUUAUGAUCUACAUGGGACCCAUCAUGCUCAUCUUUGUGGUGAUGGGUGUGCAAAUCAAGUGUUUCCAGGAGAUAAUCACCAUCGGCUACAGAGUUUACCAUUCCUAUGAGCUGCCUUGGUUCAGGACUCUGAGCUGGUACUUCCUGGUUUGUGUCAACUACUUCUUCUAUGGUGAAACGCUCGCAGAUUACUUUGGGGCUUUGGUACGGAGGGAGGAGCCUCUGCAGUUCCUGUCUCGCUAUCACCGCUUCAUUUCUUUCACUUUGUACCUUGCAGGUUUCUGCAUGUUUGUGCUGAGUUUAGUGAAGAAACAUUACCGCCUGCAGUUUUACAUGUUUGCUUGGACCCAUGUGACCCUGUUGAUUGUGGUAACUCAGUCCCACCUUGUCAUUCAGAACCUGUUUGAAGGAAUGAUCUGGUACAUUGUUCCUAUUUCCAUAGUGAUCUGCAACGACAUCAUGGCCUAUCUGUUCGGAUUCUUCUUUGGGAGAACUCCUCUUAUCAAGCUCUCGCCAAAGAAGACGUGGGAGGGCUUCAUCGGCGGAUUCUUCUCCACGGUGGUUUUUGGCUUCAUUCUGGCCUACCUCCUGUCGCAGUUCCAGUACUUUGUGUGUCCGGUGGAGUUCAACAGUGAGACCAACAGGUUCACGGUGGAAUGUGAGCCCUCCGAUCUGUUUGUCAUGCAGGAGUACACGCUCCCUGCCGCGCUGCAGAACACACUCAGCUGGAAAACGGUGAACCUUUACCCCUUCCAGAUCCACAGCAUCUUCCUGUCGUCCUUCGCCUCCCUCAUCGGGCCGUUCGGCGGCUUCUUCGCUAGCGGCUUCAAGCGAGCGUUCAAAAUCAAAGAUUUCGCCAACACCAUUCCGGGCCACGGUGGCAUCAUGGACCGCUUCGACUGUCAGUACCUGAUGGCGACUUUCACCCACGUCUACAUCGCCAGCUUCGUCAGAGGUCCGAACCCCAGUAAAGUGCUGCAGCAGCUGCUGAUGCUGCAGCCGGAGCAGCAGCUCAGCAUCUUCCACAUCCUGCGCUCCCAUCUGAAGGAGAGGGGUCUGCUGCCGCCGCCGGCCGUCCGGGCCGAGUGACACCCACUCAGGAAGAGUGUGAGGCGGUUUCCAUAGCUAACUCUGACGCCGCCCCUGCUGUUGACGUAACCAAGACUGACCUUCCAACUUCCUGGUCAAAGUGCCGCUAAUUUCCUAAGGAGAUUCCGUCGUUUGCUUCAGGCCUCCAAAAAAUCUCAAAUCUGAAAAAUGGCAGAGAUCAGCAGCCGCAGUGACCAAAUUCAGUGUCACUCUGGAGCAGAACGAGAAAAACAUUUAGCAGAAAAGGUAACCAGCUUCAGCGAGCCUAUGCAGAAACAAACUGGAUCAGGAAGGAAACAAGAGUCUGCACUAUGCAAAAUAAAAAAUAAAUAAAAAAAAAGGCCAUCAUGACUCAGUUUCUGCAGGUCUGGUUAAAGGAGAACCAAAUUAUACCACAUAAAAUACAAUUCUGCCAAAUACCAAGGAAAGGUAGGUUUCUGUCUCAUAACCUCUCACCACUGAUUAUCUGAAC